AUGGAAAGUUUUAAAAAUCGACAUAAUAUUGUUUGGUAUCAAAUUUGCGGUGAGUCAAAUAGUGUUGAUGUUCAAAAUGUUGAUGAAUGGAAGGUGAAAUUAAAACUAAUUAUUGAAGGAUAUGAACCUAAAAAUAUUUAUAAUGGUGAUGAAACGGGUUUAUUCUUUCGCGCAUUACCAAGUAAAACACUAUCAGUGAAAAGUGAAGAGUGUAAAGGUGGUAAGCUUUCCAAAGAACGUUUAACGGUAUUUUUAUGUGCUAACAUGGAAGGAGAAUUUGAAAAUUCUCUUGUUAUAGUCAAAGCACAAAAACCCAGGUGCUUCAAAAAUGUAGAUCUGACAAAAUUUCCCGUAAUUUGGCGAGCUAAUAAUAAAGCAUGGAUGACUGGAAGCAUAUUGGAAGAUUGGUUGCAUACAUUCAACAAUAAAUUUGAAAAACAAAAUCGAAGAGUUAUUUUAUUUCUUGAUAAUGCAACAUGUCAUCCGCAUUUAAAUUUGUCAAAUGUUCGUUUAGCGUUGCUUCCAGCUAACACGACAUCACUUAACCAACCUAUGGACCAAGGAAUUAUUUAUUCGAUUAAAGUAAACUAUCUUAAAAUGGUUUUACAAUCAUUAUUAGCAAAUACAGUCAAAAAAUGUUACAUAAAAACCGGGUUUAAUUUAGUUUUGGACCAGCCAACAGAUGCCAUUAACGAUAACGAUAACGAGUUUAAAUUGCUAUGUUCUACAAUAAAUGAAAAAGUAGAUAGUGAUGAAUAUGUUAACAUCGAUAAGCAUUUAUGUACUUAUGAUACUGUUAUUAUUAAUAAUACUACAGUUAAACCUUGCACUUCUAUAGACGUUGAACAAUCCAGUUCCGAAGACGAAACAUUUAAUGUACCAUUGCACGGCAAUGAUAUUAAAACGUAUAAGAACGCCCUCCAUGAAAUAAAACGAUUAGAAAUGUUCGCAUUAGAUCAAAAUAAUGAAAAUGAACUUCUUGAAUCAAUUCUCAACUUGAAAAAUUUAGUAGUAAAGAAAAUGGCAAGUCAAGUAAGAAAACAAAAAACAUUGGAUGAUUAUGGAGAUGAAAAUGUUGUAAAGGACCGAUUUGCAGAAUAUUCUAAUAAUUUAAAUGAUGGAGAUCACAUUGAUGUUCUUAGCUUACACAGAGACGAUCCAUUAGAACACAGCAAUAAAUCAAAAAGAGAUGAAGUCAUGGAAAACGAAUUUGAAUCAAUAAGUAAAGAUAGCAAUGAACAUCGAGAACACGAACAAGGAAAUGGUCAUAUGUCAAAGUGUACAACUUUUGCGAGAUAG